UUUUUCCUCCUCCGUUUCAUAUUCUGCUUUGUCUCUCAUUUGUCUCCAUUUGUUAAUUCUUUUAAUGUGUGUAUAUAUAUAUAUAUAUAUAUAUAUGUUAUAACUUUACCUUUUCACUUCGACAAAAUCAGUCUUUUAUCUCCUUCUUCAUCAUCUUCUUUCUUGUUCCUAGCUGUUGCUACCUGCUUCAUGGCUGUUUCACCCACGAGCUCUUCUAGCUUGGAGUUGACCAUAUCCAUGCCUGGCUUCUCUUCAUCCUUGUAUCUUCCUUCCUCUGGUGAAGGGGGCUGUGCAGUGAAAGAUUUGGACAUAAACCAAGUACCCUCAAGAGCAGAAGAAGAAUGGAUCACUGCUGGUAUGGAUGAUGAAGAGGAAAGCACUAAUGGAGCACCUCCUCGCAAAAAGCUCCGUCUCUCUAAGGAACAGUCUCGCCUUCUUGAAGAAAAUUUCAGGCAGCACCACACCUUAAACCCAAGGCAGAAAGAGGCAUUGGCUAUGCAGUUGAAGCUUAGGCCAAGACAAGUUGAGGUGUGGUUUCAAAACCGUAGGGCCAGGAGCAAGCUGAAGCAGACAGAGAUGGAAUGCGAGUACUUGAAGAGAUGGUUUGGUUCGCUAACCGAGCAGAACAGAAGGCUACAAAGGGAAGUAGAGGAGCUUAGGGCAAUGAAAGUGGGGCCUCCAACUGUGAUAUCUCCUCACAGUUGUGAGCCUCUCCCAGCAUCCACCCUCACUAUGUGUCCAAGCUGCGAACGUGUCACCACCACCACUGCCAUCGAUAAGGACCCCACCAAAAACAACACCACCGCUGCCUCCAUCGCCACAGCCACAGCCACAGCCGCCACCUUGUCCUCUAAAGUUGGAACGCCACCCCUCCAUUCUCGUCAAUCUUCCGCAGCUUGUUAGUCGCUCUGCUCUAAUUCAUUAUUAUUAAUUUACUUUAGAAGAAGAAAAAUAGGUCAAGAGGAAUGUUCAUAGUAUUUUACACCCAAAGAAAAAAAAAAGGCAUGCAUGGGAUAGAUACUGUAUACUCGUACGUAUAUGGUAUCUAAUCUACAUAUGGAUAAUUUACUUGUUAGCACUUUCUCUCCUCUUUUUUUUUUCAACAAUUAUUUUAUUGCUUGAGCUAUCCAUAUAUAUAUAAUUUAUUAAUUAAUUGGUUAGUAAAUUAGUGAA